CAUUUGACGAAACCCAUGUGUACAGUAUAGAAAAAAAGGUGUCUGCUGUAUACUUCUAUGUUUCUAUGUAUAUUAUAUUAUAUUAUAUAGGGAUAAACAUAGUGAACAACAAGACAAUUUUAUAUGUAUAAAACAAAAAGCUAGAAGAGGGGUGAAGACUGAAGAUAGAAAAAGAAAGAAGCACAAAUAUGAGUGGCGGUGAUGAAGAGUGGGCGGCGGCGGCGGCGGAGGAGGAGACUAUGCUAAGUCCGGCAGCUCGGUUGUUUCAAUCACCAAAAUUCAAUUGUCACAUCGUGACAAUCAUAGGGUGCAAGACCACCUUUGAUCCUGAGGUCAUCAAGGCUGGUUUAGCCCAAACUUUGCUUAAACACCCUCGCUUCUCCAGCAAACUGGUAGUAAACGACAACAUAUUUCGAAGAAGAAGAUGGGUUCGAACUCCGGUGAAGCUAGACGAACACGUCUUCGUUCCGAGCUUCGAUUCGAAGCCAGAAAAUCCAGACCAGUUUCUCGAAGACUACGUUUCCCAUCUCACGACCACGCCUAUCGAUCUCUCCAAACCCUUAUGGGAGCUUCACCUCCUGAACCUCCGUACUUCCGACGCCGAGUCGGUCGGAAUCUUCCGAAUCCACCACUCCGUCGGCGACGGAGCUUCCCUCAUGUCCCUGCUCCUCGCCUGCACCCGCCAAACCUCCGACCCUGAGAAGGUACCAACUCUUCCUGCGCCGUUGAAACGGUCGGCGGAGACGGAGUAUUCGAGAGGCUGCGGUGGCCAGUUGUUGUGGGUCUUGGCGACCAUUUGGUCGGCGAUUACCUUGAUAUGGAACACGUUGGUGGAUAUAAUAAUGUUCAUAGCGACGAUUUUGUUCUUGAAAGAUACCAAGACUCCCAUUAAAGGGUCGAAAGGGGUUGAGAUGAACACCAAGCGGUUCGUACAUCGGACCAUUAGUCUUGACCACAUCAAAUUGGUCAAAAACGCCACCAAUACGACUAUCAAUGAUGUUUUGUUGGGAGUAACACAAGCUGGUCUAUCAAGGUAUUUGAACCGCAGAUAUGGUCUAAGUGCAAAAGAUAAAGGAACAAAGGAGAAGACCAAUUAUCUUCCUAAACAUAUCCGGCUAAGUGCAACUAUUCUUGUUAACCUAAGACCAACUAUUGGGAUUGAGGCUCUAGCAGAUAUGAUGGCCAAGAAUUCAAAGACCAAAUGGGGUAAUUGGAUAGGGUAUCUACUCCUUCCUUUCAACAUUGCUCUACAAGAUGAUCCAUUGGACUAUGUUCGUCAAGCCAAAGCCAUUGUGGAUCGAAAAAAACACUCUUUCGAAGCUAUCUGCACAUACUUCUGUGCUCAACUUCUUCUCAAAAUAUUAGGAGCUGAGUUAACGGCAGCUACUGCACGCAGAGCUAUUUCUAGCACUACUCUGGCCUUUUCCAAUUUGAUCGGACCACUGGAAGAAGUAAGCUUCUAUGGCCAUCAAAUCGCGUACCUUGCUCCGAGUGUUUAUGGUCAUCCACACGCAUUAACGAUCCAUUUUCAGAGCUAUGUUGACAAAAUGACUAUUGUUCUUGCGGUUGACCCUAAUGUGAUUCCUGAUCCACAACAGUUGUUUGAUGAUCUAGAGGAAUCUCUUCAACUCAUUAGGGAGGCUAUUCUUCAGCAGAGGAUGAACAAGGAAAUUGUUUAGCUGGAUGAAAUUUUUGUCACAUCGAUUAUUAUAAUUUUUUAACUGUACAUUAAUGUGCACAUAUGUUGAUUCAUAUCAUCUGAUUAUAUUGCUUUGGAGUGAUUCAA